UGGGCCAUUAUAAAAUACCUGAGAUUUUGAUUAUUUCUAAAAUCAAAGCUCGAAUUAGUUGACGGAGAAUUGUAAUUGCGGAGAGAAGUUAAAUAAUAUGUCGAAGACGGAGGAGCCGGUGGUCGGAGUCCCAUACUAUGCAGGGCCAAGGGUGGAUGGUUACCAGGAGGGGAGGAUACCGCCGAACGCGAUAUACGGGGACCCAAAGGGGAUUCCGAUUCAGCAAACCAUGUAUCGUGAUACUCCUGCUCCUUUCAAUUGCCCUUACUGUGGUAAUUCGGGACUCACCCUUGUCAGAUCCAAACCUAGCCUGGCAGCGGUGGUGGGAUGCAUGAUGCCCUUCAUGCUAGGAAUCUGCUUCCUUUGCCCUUCAAUGGACUGUCUUUGGCAUAAAUAUCAUUAUUGCCCAAACUGCAAUGAAAAGAUUGCCAGUUUUGAGAAAUCAGAUGCUUGUGCUGUGGUGGAUAUGCCGCAAUGGUGGCAGAAGAGUUUUGCUUUGCCUGCAUGAUAAAGCAUUCUACCUGUUUAAUUUAUACGUAUUUUUCUAUAUUUUCUGAAAAUAAGCUUAUGUCUAUACAAGGACAUGUGAUAUGAAUGAGAGUUUUACUAUAUUGUGAAUUGCAGAUUAGACAAUGCUCAUUAUUAUCACUUAAAAUAAUUCAUUAAAUUUCA